AAAGCCUUAAAAUUAAAAUCACGUGUCUUGCAUGUCGCGGUAAAUUCAUUAAGAAUAACCCUACUGUACCUCUCUAUCCAAUCCACACCGAAGCGGCGGAGUUUAUAACGCGCGGACGAUUUUGCCAUCGCCGCUACAAAACUAGCCUUGAAAGGACAGCGCAGCGCGAACGGGAAAUCAGAGACUCCACCGAAAGAUCUGUUUCGGCGGCAGCAGCAGUAGUGAACUCUUCCUUUUUCUUCUCUAUCUCACCCAUCCAUGGCACCUGCCGCGGCGGUUUCAUUGUUGGCUAGCGCCGACAUAGCGUCUGCAAAAGCAUCCACCGGACGUUACGCCUCUGUUUACAGUGAAGUACAGAACAGCCGCCUCGAUCAUCCUCUCCCUCUCCCGUCCGUCCUCCGCAAUCCCUUCAAAGUCGUCGACGGUCCCGCUAGCUCCGCAGCCGGCCAUCCAGAGGAGAUCGCAAAGUUGUUUCCUAGCUUAUUUGGUCAACCAUCAGCAGCAUUAGUGCCAGAUGCUUCAGGUGAUGUUGCAGUGGGCCCAAAUUUGAAGAUUGGAGUUGUUCUGUCUGGUGGUCAAGCUCCUGGAGGGCACAAUGUUAUUUCUGGAAUAUUUGAUUAUUUGCAGGAACAUUGCAAAGGAAGCACAUUGUAUGGGUUCAAGGGUGGGCCAGCUGGGAUCAUGAAGUGCAAGUAUUUGAUACUCACACCAGAAUAUAUUUACCCAUAUAGAAAUCAGGGAGGAUUUGAUAUGAUUUGCAGCGGGAGAGACAAAAUUGAAACUCCAGAGCAGUUCAAGCAAGCUGAAGAAACUGCAAAAAAGCUUGAUUUGGAUGGGCUUGUGGUGAUAGGUGGAGAUGACUCAAAUACGAAUGCCUGUCUUCUUGCUGAGAACUUUAGGAGUAAAAAUUUGAAAACUCGUGUGAUUGGAUGUCCAAAAACCAUCGAUGGUGAUUUGAAAUGCAAGGAGGUCCCCACAAGUUUUGGGUUUGAUACGGCAUGCAAGAUAUAUGCUGAAAUGAUUGGAAAUGUCAUGGUUGAUGCUCGUUCAACUGGGAAAUACUACCAUUUUGUGCGGCUUAUGGGGCGUGCUGCUUCACACAUUACUUUAGAGUGCGCAUUACAAACUCAUCCAAAUGUCACUUUGAUAGGAGAAGAGGUUUUUGCAAAGAAACAAACUCUGAAAAACGUUACCGACUACAUUGCAAAUGUGAUAUGCAAGCGUGCAGAAUUGGGACACAAUUAUGGUGUCAUACUCAUACCUGAAGGCCUUAUAGAUUUCAUUCCUGAGGUCCAACAGCUUAUCGGGGAACUGAAUGAAAUUUUGGCUCAUGAUAUUGUAGACGAUGAAGGUGUUUGGAAAAGGAAACUGACCCCACAAUGCCUGGAACUUUUUGACUUACUUCCCCAGGCAAUUCAAGACCAAUUGCUGCUUGAGAGAGAUCCACAUGGAAAUGUUCAGGUUGCCAAGAUUGAAACCGAAAAAAUGCUAAUUCAGAUGGUGGAAACAGAGUUGGAGUUACGAAAGAGUAGUGGUUUAUAUAAUGGUCACUUCAAGGGCCAGUCCCACUUUUUUGGUUAUGAAGGAAGGUGUGGGUUGCCUUCAAAUUUUGAUGCUACAUACUGUUAUGCAUUGGGGUAUGGUGCUGGGGCACUACUUCAGAGUGGGAAGACCGGAUUGAUAUCAUCUGUUGGAAACUUAGCUGCUUCAGUGUCAGAUUGGACUGUUGGGGGAACUCCACUGACAGCUUUAAUGGAUGUUGAGAGAAGACAUGGUAAAUUCAAGCCUGUGAUCAAGAAAGCAAUGGUGGAGCUUGAAGGUGCUCCAUUCAAGAAAUUUGCAUCAUCGCGGGAAGAAUGGGCCUUAAAGAACCGCUACAUAAAUCCCGGUCCAAUUCAAUUUGUUGGUCCAGUCGCUGAUAAAGUGAAUCACACAUUGCUUUUGGAGCUCGGAGCUCAAUCAUAAGUGGAUAGAAAGGAAUAGUAGAGAGAUCCCUCCAUUCCAAUGGGCAACUGUUUUUGAGCUGUUCUGUCAAGAGAACUUGUGGUGUUGUCUGUGUUGUGCAUUCUGUAUUUCUCUUCCCUUUGCAUGGUUUGCUAGAGUGGAAAUGUGGACCAUUUUGAAAGGUUCUAAACUUCUAAUGUUGGAAAAUUUCCCAAUUAUUUAUUCAAAUAAAGCAAAGCUUCAUUUUAAUAAAAACAAGGGAAAACAUUUAAUUUGAUCCUUGUACUAUCACAAAAAAAAGUAAAUAAAGUCCUCAUACUUUAAAUCGUUCAAUUGAGUGAAAUAGCAGGUUACGUG